AUGCCGGAUAAAAUGGCUCCUUCUCUGCUCUCUGCGACAUCCUUCUACCCCCGUCGACCAGAUCAGCCCAAAAAGAAAAUGAGCAUCACUCAGACCUACUACCUGGCCCACACCGCCCGCAGCAAGCUCUCCAAGGAGGCUGCCCGCGCCGACCAUGACUUGCGUCUGCUCGUCGGCCACGCCAACCUGCUCGAUUCGCUAAUGCUCGACCUGGCCAAUGCCGAGCGCGAACAAGAGCAAUGGUUCAACAACACCGUCCGCAACGCCACAAAGAAAGCACAGCCGUCCCACAUUCGAUGGGCAGACACCAUUGAAGAGGAGUCGAUGGAGGACUUCUCUGAAGAAGACGACUCCGAUCUGAGCGACGAUGAUUACUCAGACUACGAUGAGGAGGAAGACGAGAAGUUUGAGGACUUGACUGCUCUCUACACCGCUGCAGCAGUAGCAAAGCCUCUCCGCCGCGCUCCUUCCCCACCUGCCCUCAUCUCGAUCGACGAAUUGUCUGACGAAGAAGCGGAGGACGACGAAGAAGAAGAAGCUCGUCUCACGUUAACUCGCUCACCUUCUCGACACAACUCGCCGCCCGAAUUACUGGACGACCUCUCGUCCGACGAGGAAGACUCCAUGCCUCCAUCCCCCGAACAACCCACCAUGAACGCAUUCACCUCCUCACAAACCCAUCCCGUCAAGCGGGACAACACUCUGCUCACAGAUACAGAGUCGCAAUCAAUGUUUGAAGAGCAUGGAUUUAUUCAUCAAGGCACCAUGAUCCCAGCCUACUAG